AUGACGCCGCUGGCAUGCGCGUACCCCGUGGAGACGCACUGGUUCAACACGAGCGUUGACCACUUCAACUUCCGGCAUGCCCACGGCGCAGACCCCGGAGGCACCUUCCCGCUGCGCUUCUCACACCACGGCCCGCCCGCAGACCCCGGAGGCACCUUCCCGCUGCGCUACCUCGUCCACGCGCAGCAGUGGGACGGCACUGCGGUCGGAGUAUUCGCGCGCAUUGGAUCUGUGGAGAGCGCGAGCGUGCCGGCGAGGCGGCGAGCGGUGGCAGGGCCUGGCGCGAUACCUGCGCGAAGCGGCGUGUCGAGCUGGCCAGACGGGAUUGCCACCAGCGUCGGCCCGCCCGUCCUAUCCAGCACCGGAGUUGCGCCAGCGCCGGCGCCGCCACCGCCGCCACUCUCACCGUUUCCGAGCGAGGAGCUGCUGCCGCGGCUGGUCGACGGGUGCGCGGCGGGCGAGCCACUGGCGUCGCUGCUCCCGCGCUGCUUCGACCACCCGCUCGAUGGCUUCCAGACCGAUGCUAUGGCCGCGCUCCUUGACGGCAGCUCAGUCGUCGUCUCUGCGCCGACCGGCUCGGGGAAGACGGCGGUGGCGGAGCUGGCGCUGUACGCGGCGCUGGCGCGCGGCGAGCGCGCCAUCUACACCACGCCGCUCAAGGCGCUCUCCAACCAAAAGUACCGCGACCUCUCGGCCGCGCUCGGGCCCGGCUCGGUCGGCUUGCUGACGGGCGACACGCAGAAGCAGCGCGACGCGCCGGUGCUGGUGAUGACGACGGAGGUGCUGCGCAACAUGCUGCUCGAGCAGGACGAGAUGGUCUUCGCGGCGCAGGCGGCGGGGCGGGUCGGAGUCGUCAUCCUCGACGAGUUUCACUACAUGAACGACAAGUCGCGUGGCACGGUCUGGGAGGAGUGCUGCGUGCUCGCGCCGCCGUCCGCAAAGCUGGUUGCGCUCUCGGCGACGAUGGCCAACGCGCGGCAGGUCACUCGCUGGCUCGAGGCGAUCCACGGCCCCACGUCGCUCGUCGAGACGUCGCAUCGGCCGGUGCCGCUGCGCUACCGCUACGCCGACGACCUCGGCGCGCGGUCCGAGAUCGCGCCGGUCCCUUCGCUGCUGCGCGAGCUCUCGCACAAGGCGAUGCUGCCCGCCAUCGUCUUCAUCUUCUCGCGCGCCGGCUGCGAUGCGGCGGCGGAGCAGGCGGCGGCGCUGCGGACUCCGCUGGUGGGUGCACACGAGGUUGGCCGCAUAGAGAGCAUCGUCGCCGACUUCAAGCGCGCCAACGGUGCGCUGCUCGCGUCGCUCGACGCGCUGACUGCCAGUGACUCACUGCGGUGCCUCCACGGAUUAGGCGCGCUGCUCGACUCCCUCGACACGCUCGCCGCCGGGAUCAACAUGCCGGCGCGCACUACCGUCGUCACCACCCUCUCCAAGCGCGGCGACAGGGGGGCGCUGCUGCAGAUGGCGGGGCGUGCAGGCCGGCGAGGCAUCGACGAGCGAGGCAACGAGCCCAACUGCCGCUCCGCGUGCCCGGCUCCACCACGACUCGACUCCUGCUCACGUGACCCACUCAGGCAACGUGCUGCUCUGCCGCUCCGCGCGCGCCUCCUCGCGCGGCCCGCCGACCCCAUCGAGUCCAACUUUUGCCUCGGGUACGGCUCCGCGCUCAAGCUGCGGCGGAGGAGGCCUCUCUCCGAGUGCGAGUCGCUGAUCGCGCGCUCCUUCGGCGCGUACACGGCGCGCGCCAAGGCGGAGACGGCGGUGGCGCAGCUCGGAGGCGUCGAGGAGGAGCGGCGGCGGCUGCGGGCACUGCUGGCGCGCUUCGACCGCUCGUCCGUCGCGUCGUACGCCAAGCUGCAGGGCCGGCUGGAGGCGGAGCAGCGCUCGCUCUCCUUUCUGCGUGCGCAGGAGGCGGAGGCGGAGGCGGAGAUGGCGGAGCAGCUCGCCCUCCUCCUCCUCGAGGACGGGCUCCGCAGCCUCACCCCGCCGGCCGGCAGCUGGCUGCCCCGCACAGACGGCGCGUGGGAGGCGCCCGCCGCCGCCGGCUCCUCGAGCGGCGGCGGCGAGGAGGGCGACGGAGGCGAGGAGGGCGACGGAGGCGCGCCGCUGAGCGGGUUGGUGCCGCCGCUGCCGCCGCCGCCCGUGUCGGCGCCCGAGGAGAGGCAGCGCGCGCGGGUCGCGCGGGUGGAGGCGCAGGUGGAGGCGCACGAGCUGCACGCGUCGCCGGAGCGGGACGAGGUGCUCGCUGCGGCGGAGCGCGAGGCCAAGCUCGAGGGCGAGGAGGCGAGGCUGCGCCGGAGGGCUGGCCGCGAGGCGGCGGCGGCGAAGCGCGAGCGCUCUGCGAGCUCUGCGGGGGCGGCGGGGUCGUCGGAGGAGGGUGGGGGCGGCAGUGCGGGCUUUCUCGAGGGGGGCGCCAUCGCUGGCUUGCUCGAGUCGCUCGGGCGAGGAGGGGUCGGGCGCGAGGUUGCGCCGGCGUCCGAGGGGGGCGACGCGCUCUCUCAGUUCCGCUCCAUCGGCGAGUUGCUGCGCUGCUACGGCGCGCUCGACGGCGACUCGGCCGACGGGUGGGAGGCGACCGAGUUUGGGGCGCUCGUCGCGUCGCUCUCGGGCGAGAACGAGCUGUGGCUCGCGCUGGUGCUGAUGGAGGCUGCGGCCGCCGAGCUCGAGCCGCCGCAGCUGGCGGCGGUGCUUGCCGCGACGCUCGACGAGCGGCUGCGCCCAAACACUUUUGUGCGGUUCGCGCCCUCCGAAGCCGUGUACGAGACGGUCGACGUGCUGGCGGAUCGCGCGGCGGAGCUGCAGCGCGCGCAGAUGGCGGCCGGCCUCUCGUUCCCCGUCGGCCUCGACGCGGGCUUGUGCGGGCUUGUCGAGGCGUGGGCGGCGGGCGAGGGGUGGGAGUCGCUCGUCGCAGGCACGUCGCUCGACUUGGGCGACCUCUUUCGACUGCUCCGCCGCUCGCUCGAGCUGCUCAAGACGGUGUCGGCAGUGCCGUAUGUCUCCGAGGCGGCCAAGGCGGCCGCGCGGGCCGCCGUCCGAGCGUGCGACCGCUACCCGAUCGCGGAGGACGAGCUCAUGGCGCUGCCUGAGGAGGAGCCCGGCGGGGGGGAGGAGCCCGGGGAGGCGCGAGGGGGUGCCUAG